AACAAGUCAAAUAGAGCAUAACAAACAAAAUAGGCUAUAGUUUUGUCAGGUGACCGAUCUAAACAGGAUUCAAGAUUCAAGAGCCAUUUUUCUUUUGCACGACGUACUGGACCAGUACACUGAUCUCACAAGAUGUCGGGCAGUCUACUCAGUUUUGACAAUCCUGUAUUUGCCAACUUUGCCUAUUAUUCCGGUAUUGUAAUAUGUAAGACAAUGCUAAUGAGUGGACUAACAGCUAUAAACAGAUUUCGUUACACGGCAUUUGUGAAUCCAGAAGAUUUUAUUAAUUCCAAGAAACCAUUAGAAGAAAGAAAAGCGCCAAUCAAUUCUACUGUUGAGCGCAUUAGAAGAUGCCAUCUUAAUGACCUGGAGAACGUCAUUCCCUUCGUUUUGAUUGGAUUUUUAUACGUUUGCACAAAACCAAAUCCGGGAACAGCUUUGUUGCAUUUCCGUACUUUCGCAGCUUUCAGAAUUUUCCACAUGUUUGCGUACCUGAUACCUUUGCCACAGCCCUCAAGAGCGCUUGGUUUCUUAGUCGGCGCAGUUGUUACAGGUUCCAUGGCUGUAUCUGUAUUGAAAGCUGGAUCAUUUUAAUUUUACAAUAUUCAUAUUGAACAUUUUUAAUAUACAAACUUUGAAGAUAUCAGCAUUACGUGAGGAAACAAAAGUCUUUAUA